AUGCUUAUGAGCAUAGAAAACAGAGUAAGUAUACUUGGUUCUGAGUUUAAACACUCGCGGAUUGUUGAAAAGAUCCUGGUUACUAUAACUGAAAGAUUUGAAGCCACCAUUACCAAUUUGGAGAACACCAAGGAUUUGUCAAAAAUCACUUUGGCGGAAUUAUUAAAUUCCUUGCAGGCUCAAGAACAAAGAAGGGUUAUGAGAGAAGAGGGAAUAUUAGUGUCCAAACAUGAAAACAGUGGAGGAUACAAAAAGAAAAACAAUAAGAAGAACCAGCCAAAAAAUGAAGAAGGAGCAGCUCGCUACAGCAACAAAAGCAAAGCAGGUAGCUUCAAAGGAAACUAUCCUGCUUGUAAGCAUUGUGGAAAGAAUGGGCUCGUGUCGUAUAAGUGUUGGAAAAGGCCAGAUGCUAAAUGCAGUAAGUGCAACCAACUCGGGCAUGAAGCAAUUAUCUGCAAGAAUAAAUUGCAGCAGCAACACGCAUACUCCCAUGUUGCUAAUCAACAGGAAGGGGAUCAACUCUUUUUGGCAUCGUGUUUUGCAAGCAAUGCUUCAACUGAGGCUUGGCUGAUUGAUAGUGGAUGCACAAACCAUAUGACUCAUUACAAAGAGCUCUUUAAAGACUUGAAGCCUAUUGGAGUUACAAAAGUCAGAAUAGGUCAUCGCGGUUAUAUUCCAGCAAAAGGAAUGGGAACUAUUACAAUCAAAACACAAUCAGAGGCAGGGUUUGAACGUCAACUUACUGCUCCUUAUACUCCAGAACAAAAUGGAGUCAAACGGGAUAAACUAGAUAAGAAAGCUGCCCCGGGCAUUUUUAUUGGGUACAGUAAUGUUUCAAAAGUGUACAACAUCUUUCAACCCGAAGGGAACAGUGAGAAACUAAUUGAUGAGUUCAAGCAAGAUAUGACGCAAACUUUGGAAAUGUCUGAUCUUCGUCUUAUGACAUAUUUCCUUGGAAUGAAGAUUACACAAGGAAAAUAUGAGUUUUUCGUUUGCCAGAAAAAGUACACAAAGGAAAUUCUCAAGAAAUUCAAAAUGGAAAAAUGCAAAGAGAUUAGUACUCCCAUGAACCAAAAAGAGAAACUAAGUAAAGAUGAUAGAGCCGAAAAGGGGGAUGAGACAUACGUCAGAAGUUUCAUUGGGAAGCCAAAAGAAUUGUGUGAUAUAUCAAAGGAACCAUCACCUAUGGAGUCAAGUUUCAGAAGAGUCAACCUGGGCUGUAAGAAACAAGAUAUUAUAGCUCAAUCUACUGUCGAAGCUGAGUUUGUGGCAGCUGCAGCAGCAGUAAAUCAAGCAUUAUUGCUGAAGAAAAUUCUGGUUGAUUUGCAUAUGGAACCAACAGGAGGCAUCAAAGUGUUCGUGGAUAAUGAAGAAGCAAUAGCUAUAUCUAACAAUCUUGUGUUUCAUGGAAGAACUAAGCACUUCAAAAUCAAGUUCUUUUACUUAAGAGAAGUGCAAAAAGAUGGAGAUAUAGCUCUUGUCUACUGCAAGUCGGAAGAACAAUUGGCUGAUAUAUUCACUAAGCCUUUACCAGUCAGAAAUGGAUCAAAAGGCAAGGAAAAGAGCAGUCGGCGAGUCGCCGAUCAGUUUCGCAAAGCAGUAAUGUACCGCCCAAUGAUUCAGAAUGCGAGGAUGCAAAAGGCAAGACACUGA